GCCUGUUCAACCUGUUUGCUUCUCAUUUGCAGCUUCCUUGUAAAUCAGGUAGAUGUCCACGUUCCUUCAGGUGCCUCGUUGUUCUCAACCUCACUCCUGGUUUAGAGCAGGAGGACGAAGUGAGGCGGACAGAGUUGAAGAGAGAGAGUCAGCAUUUAUAGUUUAUUGAGGCAGCAGAUAUAGAUCAGACUUUACAGAUGAAGGUGUCAUCUGAGAAGUUCAUUUCUACAAUAAACAGGAUUUAUUUUUAAAAGGAGCAGCGUCAAAUUCUUCAAAUAAAGGAAGCUGCCUGCAGACCUUCUGGGGAGUUUCCAGUUCAUGUGGAGAUCAACUAAUGGAAUAAAAGCGAUUGAGAAAAGAAUGGAAGAGUGCAGGAAAGGACAGAUGAGGAUGAAGAGGAAGGUUUCUCAUAUCUGCUUGCUGCUGCUGCUGGCUCUUCUCCAGAUCACCGCACCCUCCUUAGCUCAAGACGACGACGACACUGACGACUUCACUGACGACACUGACAGCAUCACCAGCACCACCAGCACCACCAGCACCAGAACCACCAGUAACACCAGCACCACCAGCACCAGAACCAACAGUAACACCAGCACCACCAGCACCAAAAGCACCCCCACCACCAGGUCAGCUCUCCGUUACAGCACCCGCCCAGCUGUCGUCAAAGUGGCUGUGGGACAACCUGCAGUGUUUCGCUGUGGAGUUCCCGCAGCUUCUCCAAACUUCACAUUCACCCUCUACGGGAGUCACGGCAACUUCAUCCUCAAAUGCCCCUUUGGCCAUGAGGAAAAUAUCCCCCAGGUGAGGUGGUCACCGUCCGACUCUGUAUUUACUCUCACUUCAUCCUCACUUUCUUCGCCACUUCCCCUCAGUGACGCCAUCUUGUUGACACACAGACACAAAGCUGAGGAGGCUCUCUAUGGAAGUUGUGGUGUGAAGAAAGGACAGUCGUUGGGUGUGUGGGUCCUCAAGGGAUCUUCGUUCUCCGACAACGGCACAAGAGUCGUAUGUCAGCAGGCGAAGAAUCCUAAAGCAGCUGUUGCCUUCCUACGUGUUUAUGAUAACGGCCUCAGCUUCGCCACUCUCAUCGGCUGUGCCAUUGGGGGCUUCUUCGGCAUCCUGUUGGUGUUUGGUUUAGCGUACACCAUGCUGCAGAGAUCUGAUGCCCUCCAGAGGUUCUUUAGGGGGAGUGUGUCAGAUGAUAUGACCACAAUAAUAACGAAGGAGUAAACGGAGACAGAAAGCCGUUUCUUGAUGUCGCUUUUUGUACCUUUCUUACCAACAGAGAAUGGAAAUGUUUCUGUUUUAAAAUCCUUUCAUCGAUCAAAAAGAAGUGAAAGUUGGAUUGAACCCUGCAGGUCUGGAGAUGAUGUGUUCUGUUGACCUCUGAUCUCCUCACUUCCUUGUUCUGUCCACACGUUAUACACAGCCUGACAGUGUAUAAUAUAGCAUGAGCCCUUCAAACAAUACACCAAAAUAUUAUUAUGCCAGAUCGCUUGCCCCAUUGGUGCAGGGUCAUUCAUCAGUGCAUUGCCUGUACGGUACAUACCUUAUAAAUCAUGUGUAAAAAUGUGUUUUUGUGAACUCUAAUGUGACUAAAACAGUUGACGUGUUUGUAGAAAGCAGCAGUCAGACUGUAUGUAGUGUAGGAUUUCAGUAGCUUUUGGCCACAUGUAAUAAAAAAGAACCACUCUAAGUGUGCCCUGCAGGUUCCCAGCAGUUACAGUAAGAGGUUACAGAGAUGUUAUGAAAGUGCUGACUAAGUGAUCGUCUGCAGACCGGCGCCGGUUAAAUGAGGAAUUAAAGAGUAGCUGCCCCUUUUUGCUGGUACAAAUGUUUUACAGCUGUAUCACAACAAACUAAUGAAGGUAAAAUACUCACUGGUGGUCCCAGCUGUGCUUGUAAUAGCAGGUUUAGUCAGCUGCACUUUCACAGUUUGUCCACUUGAGGGAAGCACUUGCUCCACAGAUAAAAAGCCAGUUGGUUGUUGCAACACUACUGAGAGAAAUAUUACCUUUAAAGGUCCCAUAUUGUAAAAAAGUGAGAUUUUCAUGUCUUUUUUUUUAUCAAUAAUACAUAUAUUAUAAAUCGUAUAAAUACUGUGUGUGUGUGUGUGUGUGUGUGUGUGUUUGUGCGCUCGCGA